AUGUCCAAGCCCAGCGACCACAUCAAGCGCCCCAUGAACGCCUUCAUGGUGUGGUCCCGCGGCCAACGGCGCAAGAUGGCCCAGGAGAACCCCAAAAUGCACAACUCGGAGAUUAGCAAGCGGCUGGGCGCGGAGUGGAAGUUGCUCUCCGAGGCGGAGAAGCGCCCGUACAUCGACGAGGCCAAGCGGCUGCGGGCGCAGCACAUGAAGGAGCAUCCCGACUACAAGUACCGACCCCGGCGCAAGCCCAAGAACCUGCUGAAAAAGGACAGGUAUGUCUUCCCUUUGCCUUACCUCGGGGAAACAGAUCCCUUAAAGGCCGCCGGGCUUCCCGUGGGGGCCACUGACUCGCUGCUGAGCUCCCCGGAGAAGGCCAGGGCUUUCCUGCCUCCCACCUCAGCACCUUACUCCUUACUUGACCCCAGCCAGUUCAGCUCCAGCGCCAUUCAGAAGAUGACUGAGGUUCCUCACACCUUAGCCACCAGCACCCUGCCCUACGCCUCCACCUUGGGAUACCAGAACGGGGCGUUCGGCAGCUUGAGCUGCCCCAGCCAACACACCCACACUCACCCCUCGCCAACUAACCCGGGCUAUGUCGUGCCAUGUAACUGUACCGCUUGGUCGGCUUCCAGUUUGCAACCUCCAGUUGCCUACAUAUUAUUCCCAGGCAUGACCAAGACUGGGAUAGACCCCUAUUCUUCAGCACACGCGACUGCCAUGUAA